AUGUCCCCCAGGUUGGUGAAGAUCAUAGACAAGGAAGAGAUCCCCGCGGACGUUGUGCUCCUCACUUCCUCCGAGCCGGGAGGCGUCGCCUACAUCGAGACGGCCAACAUCGACGGAGAGACCAACCUCAAGAUUAGGACCAGCGCGCCCACGCGGCCGGGGCAGCCGCCGGGGCCGCUGUGGCCCAGCGCCGAGGAGCUGCACGGUGUCAGGAUGGAGCUCGAGUACGAAGCUCCCAACGCUCGCAUUCACUUCUUCACCGGCACCCUCACGCUCCACGACGGAGCGGGGGGCCCGCAAGAUGACUCCGGGGAAGGGGGUGGAGGCGGGACGGGCUCGCGCGACGUCCCCGUGGACCAGAGCAACCUGCUGCUGCGGGGGGCGAGACUGAGGAACACGAAGUGGGCGAUCGGGGUGGUGGCCUACACGGGAAGGGAGUCGAAGAUCGCGCAGAACGCUCGGUCCGUGCCUUCGAAGCAGAGCAACCUCGACAAGGUGACGAACAAGAUCAUGUUUGUGAUCUUCACGUGCAUGGCCGUCGUGACCACCCUGUCCUUAGUGGGUUACUUGGUCUUCGAGGCGGAGAACGAUGACAAGCUCUACUACCUCUGCUACGACUCCGACAACAGUCCCGUCCCGCUCUUCCGGGACAAUUGCGAGUCCGCCGAUUCUUCGAGCAGCGUGGGGCAGUGGUUUACGUUCCUCAUCCUGUACAACAACUUCGUCCCGAUCAGCUUGUACGUUACCCUUGAGAUGGUGAACUUUAUACAGGCCGCCUUCAUCGACGAAGACAUCCUGAUGUACGACGAGACCCAGGUAAGGGCGGGGCAGGAAAAGUAA